AUGGCUUUCGGAAGCGCGUGGCUGCUGUUGCUGCUGAGCUGCGCAGCCUGCACCCAAGUCCUGGGUGAAAUCAUCAUGAGACCCAGCUGUGCUACUGGGUGGUUUUACCACAAGUCCAAUUGCUACGGAUACUUCCGGAAGAUGAGGACUUGGUCUGAUGCUGAGCUCGAGUGUCAGUCUCAUGGAAGUGGGUCCCACCUGGCCUCUAUCCUGAAUUUGAAGGAAGCCAGUGUCAUCGCGCAGCACAUCAGCAGCUACCAGAAAAACAAGUCUGUGUGGAUUGGCCUGCAUGACCCACAGCAGAGGCAGCGGUGGGAGUGGAUUGACGGGACCACAUAUUCAUACAAUACCUGGGCUAGCAGGUCCCUGGGUGGAAGCAAGUACUGUGCUGAACUGAGCGCCAGAAACAAUUUUUUAACUUGGCGCAGCCGUGAAUGCAGCAAGAAACAGCACUUCGUGUGCAAGUACCGACCAUAG